AUGCCACCAAAAGCAAAACGAUCAAAAUCCCCCGACUCCCAGUUUCUGUUCGUCAACGAAGAUGCCUCGACCGUAACCCGGACCACCAAAGACGCUGAACUGGACAGGACAAAGCAGAGUCAUGUACAGCGUCAAAAUUUUGCUCGCAAACGGCGGUUGCGAGAACAGUCAGACCCUGCCCCUCAGCAAGCCAGCAGCCAAAGUUCUGUCUCCUCAAGUCCUGCAGUGGCUGGUCCAUCGUCUUCUACAACUCAAGGGGGCCCUUCUCAGGGCGCAAGUUACUUCGAUAUCAUACAGAACAUCGACCUUGAAGAUCCCUUGUUCCAAUCAACCAGCCCUCCGCCCAUUUCGCAGAGUGCCCUUGACCCUCAGCUCUCGGCACUAUUCUCUGACCCCUUUGCUUCCUCGCCGGCGUCGCCUCCUAUACCUGCCCAGCAAGUUAACAUUUUUGGUUCCUCUCACACUUAUCGUCCGGGUCAUUACUUCGAGACGUCGUCCACGAGCUACAAUUACCCCCAAACUACAAGAAGUGUGGCCAGUCUUGUCAAUCCAUCAAUCCCCUUGGGUGGCUUCUCCAGCCCGCCGACCAACACUCACCGGGCCUUGGAACAAUGGGCACCGCCUCUAAUCAAGCAUUACAACACGGUCAUACUACCGGAGAAGUUCUGGAAAGACACUCAAAAAGUACCCAUGGGCCAACUCCGUCAUGCCCCCCUGAUUCAUGCAGACAUGCAGGCUUGCAUGACGGAACCCGCGCAUAUGUAUGCAUUUCUCGCCUCUGCCGCAGCUCAGAUGAUUGCUCGAGAAGGUCGUCUGCUGUUACCGAAUGUCUCAGAGGAAGAUAGUAUUCGAGUGCCCCUUUUCUUCAAAACCAAAGCCAUACAGGCUCUACAGGCCAAACUCGCCAAUGGACAACUCGAUCAUCAUACGGCUGUGGACCUUCAUCGACUCUAUGCAGCGGGAAUACACUCUGACAACUACGAGGCGGCCGAACCACAUUUCCAAGCCCUGCUCUCUAUGGUUGAUGCUCUUGGGGGCCUGAGUACCUUUGAUGACUAUCAACUGGAGAAGAUCUUCAUGCUGGACUGUGUUGCAGCGCUGAAGCGGCUCGGGGUCCCACGUCUAGUUGUGACUUUAGAUCCCGGCCCAUUACCGGACAGCUUGUUGCUUGAUAUUGAACAUCAAAGUCGACUUCAUCCGCAACCGGGUUCUCUGCUGGAGAUCUUGGUGGAUACCUUCAGCGAAUGUCAGGUUUUGGCCAACAGCUUCGCCGACCUUGUCCAAGUGUUGAGAAUGUCAGCCUUCUUGGCUACUUCCCCUCAUUACGUCCACGAGUACUACAAGUGGUUUAACUGGCGGAGUCUGAUCAUUUUGCACAGGCUUCUGUCGAUGCCUCUACAUUACACCAUGGAUGAUAGGACUGAUAGCGUGAGGAUUGCCACAGCCUACUGCGCUGUCCUGCUGCGCUCCCCGACUCUGGGCCGGCGAGCGGCAUCGACUUCAGUCAAUGCCUUGCGAGUGAAGCUGGAAAGCACGGAUCUCGGGCUUUUGUGGCAGCCCCGCACCGAUUGUCUGCUCUGGGUGGCCGUUUUCGGAGGCGUGUGUUGCGCUGGUGGAGAGGACCUGGAGUGGUUCGUGCAGCUCGCAAGGACUGCGGCAACCGAAAUAGGGAUUGGAAAUGCGAGGGAACUGGAAGACUUCUUGGUGGCAUACGUCUACGAUACUUAUUCGCACCGGGAAUUGGUGGCCCAGUUCGCUGGUCGAGUUUGGCCAAGACGAGAUCCAUAA